AUGAGCCAGGGUGGCGGGGCCGCCGGCGAGAGCGGAGAGCCGGAGGCCAAGGUGCUGCACACCAAGCGGCUGUACCGGGCAGUGGUUGAGGCUGUGCACCGGCUGGAUCUCAUCCUUGGCAAUAAGGCAGCUUAUCAGGACGUGUUCAAACCAGAGAACAUCAGCUUGAGGAACAAGCUGCGGGAGCUGUGUGUGAAGCUGAUGUUCCUGCAUCCUGUGGAUUAUGGAAGAAAAGCAGAAGAACUGCUCUGGAGAAAGGUUUACUAUGAAGUUAUCCAGCUCAUUAAAACAAAUAAAAAGCACAUCCACAGCCGCAGCACCCUGGAGUGCGCGUACCGGACUCACCUGGUGGCUGGCAUAGGAUUUUACCAGCACCUCCUGCUCUACAUCCAGUCCCAUUAUCAGCUGGAGUUGCAGUGCUGCAUCGACUGGACACACGUGACAGAUCCUCUCAUAGGCUGCAAGAAACCCGUGUCUGCGUCAGAGAAGGAGAUGGAGUGGGCACAGAUGGCCUGUCACCGAUGUCUGGUUUAUCUGGGAGAUCUCGCUCGCUAUCAGAAUGAGCUGGCAGGUGUGGACACAGAGCUGCUGGCUGAGCGAUUUUACUAUCAAGCCCUUUCUGUUGCACCACAAAUUGGAAUGCCCUUCAACCAGCUGGGGACGUUGGCAGGGAGCAAAUACUACAAUGUGGAAGCGACCUACUGCUACUUACGCUGCAUCCAGUCUGAAGUGUCCUUCGAAGGUGCCUAUGGGAACCUGAAGCGGCUCUAUGACAAAGCAGCCAAGAUGUAUCAUCAGCUGAAGAAAUGUGAAACCAGGAAGUUGUCUCCAAGCAAGAAACGAGGAAAAGACAUUAAGAGGUUGCUGGUGAGCUUCAUGUACCUGCAGAGUCUUUUGCAGCCAAAGAGCAGCUCUUUGGAUUCUGAGCUGACAUCUCUCUGCCAGUCCGUGCUGGAGGAUUUCAACUUGUGCUUGUUCUACCUGCCCUCUCCUCCUAACCUGAGCUCAACUAGUGAAGAUGAAGAAGAGUAUGAGAGUGGCUACUCCUUCCUUCCUGAUCUCCUGAUCUUUCGCAUGGUGAUCAUCUGCCUCAUGAGCGUUCACAGCCUCAAGAGGGCAGGUUCCAAGCAGUACAGUGCAGCCAUUGCCUUCACGCUGGCCCUCUUCUCUCACCUGAUAAAUCACGUCAAUAUUCGCCUCCAGGCUGAGCUAGAAGAAGGGGAAAAUCCUGUCCCAGCCUUUCAGAGUGAUGGCACAGAUGACCAGGAGCCACGGGAGCUUGUGAACUCAAUUGAGAAGGAAGCUGAAGCUGAGUUGGCCAAUCAUCAGCCUAGUGAGGAACAGCAGAAGAAUGACUGCAAGAAAAGCAAGAAAUACUCUCGUCUCUCCUGUCUGCGCCGCCGCCGCCACCCCCAGAAGGCGGAUGAGAGCGACCUGAGUGAGGGCUUUGACUCUGACUCCAGCCAGAGCUCCAUCAAGGGCAGUGAUGGCUCAGAGAGUGGUUCAGAGAAGAGUGAUGAGGAAGCAGAAGCUGCUUUUGAUGUGGAGACAGACUCCGACAUGAACAGCCAAGAAUCUCGGUCUGACUUGGAGGACAUGGAGGAUGAGCCGGGUGAGGAGGGAAGCAGCCAAGGCAAAAGUGGGCCCAAAGAGGCCUUAAAAAACUGUGUGGAUGGCAGUGGGCUGGGGGACUCCAAGAGCCCAAGCAUCUCUAAAACUGAGGCUGUGGAUCCAGCAGUCAAUGGGCCAGCUUCCCUGAGCACUAAUGAUGCAAGCAUAGCCAGUAAUCUCCAGGCCAUGUCCACCCAGCUGUUCCAGACCAAACGCUGCUUCCGCUUGGCUCCCACGUUCAGCAACAUCCUCCUGAAACCCAACAGUGAACCAGCUGCCUUGAAGGAUGGGACAGAGAGCAAGCCAUGUGUCAAUGGAGAUCUGGAGAAGCCCAGCUUGGCAGAGCAAGAUGAUGUGUCUGACUCCGAAGAAAGCAUUUCAAGUAACAAAUCCUGCAGAAAUGAGCGAUCUCUUCAGGAGAAGUUGGAGAUCAUGACCAAUGAAGGGCUGCUGCUUACUGUCAAGGUGUUCCUGGACUGGCUGAGGACAAACACAGACCUCAUCAUUAUGUGUGCUCAGAGCUCUCAGAGCCUGUGGAACAGGCUGUCUGUGCUCCUGAACCUUCUGCCUUCUGCUGCAGACCUGCAGGAAUCAGGGCUGGCCCUGUGUGAUGAAGUCAAAGACAUCCUGAGUGAUGCUGAGCUCCCAGACCUGAAGGCCAACCUGCUGCUCCCUGAAGAUGUGGCCCUGCGCAAUCUCCCCCCUCUGAAAAAUGCACACAAGAGGUUUAACUUUGAGCAGGACCGGCCCAUUUUCUCAGCAGUUGAGGAGUCUGUCGUGCGGAUCUGCUGCAUUCGGAGCUUUGGCCACUUCAUUACCCACUUGCAAGGCAGCAUCCUGCAGUUCAACUCAGAGCUUGGGAUCUUCAUCAGCAUAGCACAGUCAGAGCAAGACAACUUGCUGCACCAGGCCCAGGCCCAGUUUCACAUGGCUGCAGAGGAAGCUCGUCGGAACAGGCUCAUGAGAGACAUGGCUCAGCUUCGACUGCAGCUGGAAGUGUCUCAGCUGGAGGGAAGUCUCCAGCAGCCCAAGGCACAGUCAGCCAUGUCUCCUUACCUUGUCCCGGACACCCAAGCCCUCUGCCAGCACCUGGCUCUUGUCAAGCAGCUGGCUGCUAGUGGGAGGUUCAUAAUCAUCAUCCCUCGAACAGUUAUCGAUGGCCUAGACUUCCUGAAAAAGGAGAACGCUGGUGCUAGGGACAGCAUUCGGUAUCUGGAGGCAGAAUUUAAAAAGGGAAACAGGUACAUUCGUUGCCAGAAAGAUGUUGGGAAGAGCUUUGAGAGGCAUAAAUUGAAGAGACAAGAUUUAGAUGCCUGGAAUCUCUAUAAAAUACUGGACAGCUGCAAACAGUUGACAGUGUCCCAGGGCAAUGGAGAGGAUGACACCACAGGAAUGGUCACCAUCAUCACGGGCUUCCAGCUGGAAGACCCGAGCUCAUUCUCGGUGCCCAUGCAGUCUGCCAUCCAGGCAGCCGCCAACGCCAGCAUAGAGAUAAAAAAUGUUCUGGAGUUCUACAAGCAGUGGAAAGAGAUGGGCUGAUGGUUAGAAAGGCAUCGGGUUGGUGAACCUUUCUCUCCCCCUCUCGCAACGUGCAGCGUCUGAACGAAGGAAACAACAAUCUGGGCGACACUUAAGACACGAAGAAGCAGCAGCAGCAACAGCAACAAAAAUACCUACCCAAACGAAUUAAAAAAAAAAAAAUCCAAUGUGGGCACGCACACUGACACCCUCCACCUGCAUCCUGAGCAGACGGCUGUACAGCUCUGAUGGCGC